AUGCCCGAGUGUUCCGUUGAAUACGGUCUUUACAAAACUCGGACACUGAUUUUUCUGGCUGUUCAAUGUGCAAUCGGCCUGUUUGUUUUAAUUGGCGCCGUUCCCUUCUCUAUAGACUCUGAUAUCACGUUUGCGCAUAGUGCGAUACGCCCCCUCAUAGUUAUUCUCCUCACAAUCACCCUCCUCUGGUUCAUCUCAACACUUCUGGCCCUGGUUGUCGUCAUUCGAGACCAAAAACGAUAUCUGCGAUUUCAUAUCUGUCUUAAUGUA